GUGCUGUUUGAGUUGGAUUCUACACGAGUUCCUGCGAGAUUUGUGUCGGAGUACAACAUGUCGGCGUUCAAGAGAAAACGUGGAAGACAGGAUGCUAAUAAAAAGGCAAAGAAAGUGAAAUAUGUCGCCGCUGGAGGCGAAGCGCCGGUGGAAGCCGAACAGGAGAAGAACAACGAAAUCACGAUUCCACCACCGGUUUCGUCGGGGAGAUGGACAAACAAGGAAAGGGUUCUCAUUUUCUCCUCAAGAGGCAUCAACUAUAGAACAAGACACUUGAUGCAAGACCUGAGGACUUUGAUGCCUCAUGCAAAAGCAGAUACAAAAAUGGACAGAAAGGACAAGUUGUUUAUUGUUAAUGAGGUUUGUGAAAUCAAAAAUUGCAACAAAUGCCUCUUUUUUGAAGCCAAGAAAAAGCAGGACCUCUAUAUGUGGAUUUCAAACAGCCCUCAUGGACCUUCUGCAAAGUUUCUGGUUCAAAACAUUCACACACUGGCUGAACUCAAGAUGACCGGAAACUGCCUCAAAGGAUCCAGACCGCUGCUCUCGUUUGAUCCUAAAUUUGACACAGAACCCCACUUUGCGUUGCUGAAGGAGCUCUUCACCCAGACAUUUUCCACCCCACGCUACCACCCGAAGAGUCAGCCUUUUGUGGACCACGUCUUCACAUUCACCAUCGCAGACAACAGGAUAUGGUUUAGGAACUACCAGAUCAUGGAGGAGGAUGCCGCUCUCGUGGAGGUCGGACCUCGCUUUGUUCUCAACCUCAUCAAGAUCUUCCAGGGGAGCUUUGGAGGGCCUACGCUCUUCGAGAACCAAGGAUUCCAGUCUCCUAACAUGCACCGGCGAGAUAUUCGAAUGGCGGCAGCAGCCAGAGUGCGUGAGAAGCAGAUGGUGAAGGAGAUGCAAAAAAUGAAGAGGGCUGAAGCGAAGGAGGACGUGACCACCGAUGUUACAGCGGACGUCUUCAUAACACCAGCUGACGAAACGCAUGUUCACAUCCAGACAGACGCACCCCUACCAAAAGAAGUGAAGAAGAACAAACACAAAGCUUUCAAAAGACAAAGGAUAGCACGCAGGGCUCAAGUAUGAGUGAGUCGCGCACUGCUGCCUGUGGUAAUGCAACACUGCAGUUUGGUCUUCUAUCCAAUAUGAGCUUCGUUAGGUUAAAUAAACAACUUUGCAACACGUCAUUUAAUUGUCACUUUCGACAGAAUUUGAGAAUUUAAAAUAUGCACGUGUUGUGUUCAAUGUCUGUUGCCAGUCUAAUCAAGACUCAACUUUUACUCGGAAAUAUUCCAUCUAUGUAAAAAAAAUAUGUUUAUUGAUUUGGGGUGUCCAGUUUUCAAUAACAAAUAAAACAAUGUAAACGUU